GGUUAUGCGUGGAAGGAAAAAGGAAAACAACAUCUGGGUCGUGAAAAAUUUUUCUCGUCUUUGCCGACGUCAUAGCUGUCGUAACUUACACCAGACGGUCCAGAUUCUUCAGCCUGAUUUAACCAUGGCCAUGGAGGCCCAUCCGCCGUAUGUCCACGGGCUGCUGCCGUGUAGUCUGCAGAGGAAACUCAAUCAGCAGAGACUGGCAGGACAGUACUGCGACUUGACCAUAAGGGUGCGGGAUGGAUCGUUCCAUCUUCACAGGUGCGUCCUGGCUGCCUUCUCCUCCUACAUUGCCCAAAUGGACUCUUCCAGCCAACCCCUGGUCAUCGAGCUCCCAGUCCUGACCUGCCGAGGUGUUCAGCCUCUCGUGUCUUUCCUCUACACCUCAAAGCUAGAACUGGACAGUGACAACAUCUUCGAAGUCUACACUGCAGCCGGGUAUCUCCAUCUUCAAGAGGCCAUCAACGACUGUGUCGACUUUCUCCAGAAAGUAAAGAAGCAAACUGCAAGCUCGGAAGGACAAGGGGAUGUCUUGGAGGCCACAAGCACAAGCAGGGGCGAAGACGGUUCAGAGACUCCUACACCUGUUGUCUCUGCUAGCCCACAUCCCUCGACAGUUGCCUGUAGUCCAGCUGGCCCCAGUGAGUCGGGAUCAUCUGUUAUCAAGAUUGAGGACUCAGGAAGCUGUACAGGCUGGGAGGAGUUCUCAGGGUUCGACGAGCGUAGAGAACCUUCAACAGUCAAUGUAGAGACUGAGAUUCUCUCAGCAGAGCACGACAUCACAGAGGCAAGAGCUGGGAAUGUAGACCAGGCAUCAAAAAAACGACAGUCCACAAGAAACAAAGACAUGUUUCCUGAAGCAGAGGGUUUGGACAAAAGGGGCACCCCUAACAUAGCACUACCACACCAGUACAUAGUUGUAAGCCCUGGAGACCAAAAUAGACACAGUACAGAGAUGGACAUUGGUGCCAGUGCAAGCACAGACAAUCUGUUGAUCCCCAGUAUGACAAGUUCACAGAGCAUUGUCAACUCUACAUCUUAUCCUGUGGGAGAUGCGUCGAAUGCCGGUUACACGUACAUGUACGGCCCUGGUCUUGUGAACGCAGGAGCGAACAGUGGACAAAGCAGCGGUACGCGAAAGGGAGGGGACUGCAUCUGCCCGCUGUGUGGAUGUGGUUUUAGCAGGAAGUCAACACUGAAGGUUCACAUGAGGACGCACACGGGCGAGAAGCCGUACCACUGCAGCAUGUGUCCGGCACGCUUCUCCGUGAAGUGUAACCUGAAGCAGCACGUGAAGAGCAUGCACCUACGUGACAGGCCGUUCAAAUGUGACCAGUGCCCGGCCGACUUCACUCAGCAACAACGGCUCUCGAGACACAUAGCAGAUUAUCAUACAGACACUGGCUGAACCACAUUUGUCAUGCAUGUGACUGUAUAAGAGAGACAGAACACAACCUUUUACCUUCCAAAACCAUUGACAAUUGCAAGUAUCUAUGACAGCACCUGCGCGACAGGCCGUUCAAAUGUGACCAGUGCCCCGCCAACUUUACACAGCAACAACGGCUCUCAAGACACAUAGCAGAUUAUCAUGGGGACACUGGUUGAGUUAUAAGUUUCUAUUAUAAUUUUUGUGAUAGUUAGCUGUAUCAGUGAAACAGAACAUGACGUUUUACCUUCCAAAACCAUAGACAAGUAUCUAUGACACUGCCUGUGUGACAGGCCCUUCAAAUGUGACCAGUGCCCAGCGGACUUCACACAGCAACAACGACUUUUGAGGCACAUAGCUAAUUAUCAUAGAGACACUGGUUGAGUCAUAUUUGUCAUGCAAUAUUUUGAUAGGUGGCUGUAUUAGUUAGCCAGAACAUGACGUAUUACUAGUAACGUUACCUCACAAAACCAUAGACAAGGAUGAAUGACAUUGCCUGUGUGACAGGCUGUUCAAAUGUGACUUUACACAGCAGAAACAACUCAUUCAUGAGACACAUAGCAGAUUAUCAUGAAGCCACUGGUUGAACCACAUUUAUUAUUUUUUUGAGAUAGGUGGCUGUAUUUGUUAGCCAGAACAUGGCAUUUUACCUUCCAAAACCAUUGACAAGGAUCUAUGACAGGCUUUUCUGUCAUAAGGCUCUGAUUAUGUUUUAUGAUGCACUGGUUUCUAAGAA